UUCAUAUUUCUUGCACAUAUUUAUUAUUCUCAUGGGGACUGUUUUUUGCUAUUCUUAAAGACUGUUCUAGUAUCACUUUUUACAUCUGACAGCGGUUUUUAAAUUGAUGUUUAGAACUGUAUGAAUUGGGACCUUUGAGAUGGCUCAAAAUGUCUAUUACUAUCUCAAGAUAACUAUAGCAGUAUAAGUAUAAUUUCAAAAGAUAACUAUGACAGUCAUAAAUCUAAGUCGUAACAUAUACUAAAUACAUUUAAUAGAAUUUCUUUUGAAAAUUUGGCUAUCAAUAGGAUACUUCAUAAAACCCUAAUAAAAUAUCUGCUAUUUGAAGUUGAAAAAAUGAACUAAUACAUUAAAGUUAAUUUAAUGUAUGAAAAGGAAUAAAAUAGUAUUAAAAGUAACAUGGAUCAGGUAUAUCAAAUUCUGUAGUUAAACAUGAAUAAAACCUGGACAUAUAUGGGCAAUAAAACAGACUGCUCAAUUUUUACCGAAGCAUAAGUUUUUAAUACAGUGCAAAAAAAAAAGAUUUUAAAGCUGAUGUCUUCUCUCCUCAAUAGUGGACGUCUCAUGUAUAAAAGGGUAUGUGCUGUGUAAAUAAAAUGGCUGUUGCAUCUGUAGACAAGCAUGAUGGAUAUAGAAUCUCUCAAGAGAAUUCUAAAAUUACUCUUCAGAGUAAAAAAUAUGAAGAGUUCAUCUGUGGUUGGGGAUCCGCUUUCAUAAAUAUUGUAAUAACUUUUCCAAUUAAUAAGGUCAUGUUUCGACAAAUGUUGCAUGGUGUCGAUUCUCAACAUGCUUUUAACCAAAUAAAAAAAGAAGGAAUGCACUUCCUUUAUAGAGGAGUACUUCCCCCUUUGCUUCAAAAAACAGCUUCAGUAUCUUUAAUGUUUGGAACAUUUAAAACCUACAGUGAAUCUAUAAAUGAAACCUUCCCUGCUGUAUCACCAUUUCCUGUGUUAUGUAUAGCUGCUAUAUUUGCUGGUGCUACAGAAGCAGUUCUAACCCCUUUUGAAAGAGUUCAAACUUUGCUACAAGAUCGACACUUUAAUACUAAAUUUAGGAAUACAUACCAUGUUUUUUCAGAACUGAGACAACACGGAUAUAAAGAAUAUUACAGAGGAAUGACACCAAUUUUGAUACGUAAUUCAAUUGGAAAUAUCUUAUUUUUCAGUCUUAAAGAUGAACUUAGGAAAUUAUUUCCCAAAUCCAAUAAAAACUCUUUAUUGCACAACUUAGUCAUCGAUUUUUUGAGUGGCGCUUUUGUUGGUGCUCUAACUAGUACGGUCUUUUACCCAGUGAAUGUUGUCAAGACAAAAAUGCAAGUCUGUUAUGGAACUCCUUAUAUAUCAUUAAUUGAAGCUUUUAAGCAAACAUAUAUAGAAAGGGAUAGAAGUAUCAGGAAACUGUAUUUUGGUGUCCAUGUGAAUUACACUCGAGCCUUUAUAUCUUGGGGUAUAAUUAAUGCUUCUCAUCAGUUGCUUAAAAAGAUGUUCUUUGACAGUGGUGCUCCUAGCUCCUGAUGUGGUUUUUAAAAUAGAUGUAUUAUUUUUACUAUACAUUUUGCCAAAAUGCUUUGCAAUAUUGAAAGAAAUAUUUAAAAAUGAAAUUCAAAGGCAGUUAUCCAUAUUUUAAUUGUUGUUUUUAUAUGUAGUUUUAAAUUUUAAGUUGCUCAAAUCACUUUUGAAUGCAUCAUUUUUUAGAGUAGACAUUUCUUUUUAGAUUUUUUGAGCUGCCAUGUAUUUUUCUAGUUUUUUUUGUUAGAUACCGAAGUUAUAAUAAAUUUUCAAAUUCUAGUUAGGGAACAUAAGUGUAUUAAAGGAUUUAAUGGAAUAUUUUUAUUGUUAAUCUUAAUCUUUCUGUUUAUAAAAUAACCAUUCAAAAUGCCAUGUACAGAAAUGUUAUUAAUCAUUUAGACGAAUUUGGGUGAUCUUUUUUUAUUUGGAAUUAUUUUAAAAGAUAUUAAUAAAUGAGACAGGACUUUAAUUAGAUAAUAUUGUUUGUUGAAUAUUCUUGCAGUGUCCAUCAUUCAGUCCACUCUAUAGAUAUUUAAGUUGGCUAUAUAGUAAUGUUGGUAAUAUGCAAACAUCAUUUUUCCCUUCAUAUCUAAAUAUUUGAAUUUUGUUAAAAUCUCAUUUUUUAAAUGUGUAAUAUUGGAAUAUUUUAUUGGUUUUUAAAAUAAAAAGUUUAUUAUUUUAUAUGCUAUUAAGUGUUUGAAGCUUUGGUUAUGUUAACGGAAAAAGUAAUUGCUAAAGUCACAGAACAAUGCUAAUAAGUAGAAUUAUAUUAUCUAAUAAUUUUAUUUUUUCUUUAAAGAUAUAUAGUCAACAUCAUUUCUCAAAGUGGUUAAAUAGGAAAUUCAUUUUUUACAUAGUUUCAUCAAAUGAGUGAUGGAAAUAUAUUUGGUAUCUUUUAUUCUAUACAUCUAAAUGUUAACUUGCUGAAAUUUUUCUUAUCUAGUCUAUAUCUUAAAGUAUUUUUUAUGACAUUCUGCUGUUUAAAAUGUGAUUAAAAGAUUAUAUUAUAGCUGCAAACUGUAUUAUUUUCUCGAUAUUCAAUAUAUUUUGUUAACAUAAUAUUUAAUAUGACUUUUGGAAAUAUCUUAUUUGUGUAACUACAUCUUAAACUAUUUGUGAUAUUUUAAACUUUUCAUAUGAGUUAAUGAUACAUAAAAUGGGAAAAAAUUAUAUAUCUUUCUCAGAGAUCUGCCAAAGUAAAGUGACUGUCGCACAUUAAAGUGCAAUCUCAUAAAUUAAAUAUUAAUCAUUUUUAAAGAGAUAAGUACUUUUAUUGAAUUUUACAGUGCUCAAGAUUUCAUACCUUCUAUAAUAUUACCUAAAGAAAUAAGUUCAAAUUCUGUUUUGAAAGAAACACUACAAUUUUAAAAUGAUAGAAGAUUAACAAAAGAUAUAUUUAUUUCUAAUAUUAAAACAUUAAAAUUAUUAUCCUUAUUUGCCUACAUAUAUUUAUAAAUUAGAUUUUGUGAUUGCUAAAUAAUAGCAAAAGGUAUCGAGUCAUUCCUUAAUUUAAGCUUGUAAAUAUGGAGAUUCUUUAAUAGUUAAACAGAUUUCUUGAAGGAAUUUAUAUAGAUUUUGAUACAAAUUUAUAAUUUAUGAAUAUUAUAAUUACUUCUGUUAAAAAAUUAAUAAGUUUAAGCUUAUUAAUUUAUUUAGUUGCAAUUCUUUUUCCUGAGGGGGGAAAAAGGUCACCUACAUUUUUUUAGUAAAAGAGUUUUUGUAAUAUCUUAUUUUUUUCUUGUAAAUUCUAAUAAGUUUCAUCCUUAAUUUAUUCAGCAUAUAUAAUUAUCUUGAAUAUAUUACUGACGAUGUACAAAUGAUAGAAAAAUAAAUUAAAUACCUGCAAAAUAAGAGAAUAAAUGUUGAUUUAACAUUGAAUCAACUUUUUUUACUGAAAUAUUUACUUUUACUUUCAUUGCAUGCGACAUGAAAUAUAUGAUUACAGAUCAGGCAGAAUGUUUAAAAAGAAUAUCAAGCUGUACCUCUAAUAGAACAGCUUCAAAUUUUGAAAGUAUGAGUGACGAUUUAAUAAUGUAUCGUUUGAAUUUGGAAUAUUCUCACAAAAGUGCCAUUAUGUUCAAAUUGAGGAUUUGAGAAAUUACAAGAGUUUUUGUGUCUCAGAUUUGCUCUUUUAACAAAAUUUGAAUAUAUCAAGCAAUGUGAAUAGAGGUAUGUCUUAAAGUAGUCAAACUUCUGGGAAAGAGAAUGGGUUUAAUAUCCCAGAAUGUCUGGUAGUGAUUGGCUGUGAUCUUUUCAUGGAGAUGAACAAGUAGCAUUAUAAAUAGGGCAAAUUUUACAACUGGGAAUGUCUCAUAGUAAUUUAAAAGCGAUUGUGAAUUAAUCUUCCAGUGACAAAUGCUUUUAAUAUUCAAAAUAAUUAGUAUAUUCUUCCAUUAAACAACUUGUUGCCUCUGCAUCAUUGGUGAUUUUGGAAAUAGUUAAGAGGCAUUGCCAAUAGUUUAUGAAUUGCCAUUUUAUUAUAAAUGUUUUUAGCAAUGAUUCCCUUUAUAGAACUUCAGUUCAAAUGGAUUUGGGAGAUAAUUUUUCACUUUGGAUGUCAUUUAAUUCAUUGAUUGGUGUAUUUUGGGGCACUAAAUCUUUUUCUUUCCUUAUCAGCAAUAUUUGUUUAUUAUCUAAUGUUGAACACUAAAGGUGUUUUCUGACUUCUUAAAUAUUAUAUUAGCUGAUAUUGCAGUGCCAGUCAGAAAGGGGAAUAGGGAUAUCCAAUCCUGCUGUUAUGGGAUUGAUGUAUUCUACUUCACAGACAUUUAAUAAUAGAUUCUGUGCCAUUUGGCAUGAAUAAGCAAAGACAUAUACUUUUCUGCAGGUGUUUGUUUUAUUUUUAUCAUUUGUAUUAAAAAAAAAAUUUAGAAAUCACAAAAGGCUUUAAAUUAGUAAACCUACUUUUAUUAAAUUAUUAUCCUGCUGUUAUGAAACUUACUUUUGCAGAUCUUUAUGCAUUUUUCCAAAUGGCUUGGUAUUUUUGAAUUUUCACUCAAAGUUUGAAUUUCCUAAGUAUUAUAUUCUGUAACAAAAAUUAUAAAUAGCAAAUAUUACUAAAUAUUUAAAAUUUUCUUUUAAGUGCAAGAUCUAAAAUAAAUAUGGACCAAGGAGGUAUAAGUUUUUUAAAUGUAAAAAGAAUAAUUCUAAACAAUUUUUUUCUCACUAUUUUAGAAUUUUAUAUAACUACUGCAAAAUGAUAAAUUUAUGUUAAAAUUAAAAAGUUAAAUGUAGUGAUUGAAAAAUAAAGCUUCUACCCUGAUCAUCGGAAGAACAAAUUGGUUCUUUUGUCAAAUAUAAAAUAUGUUUUUAUUUCAUUAUUGCUUUUAUGUAUACUGAUUUACAUAGCAAGUAAUGAUAUUUCUCAUAUUUAUUUACGAAUGACUUGUCAAUUUUUAUUAAUUAGUCAUUUCCAAAAAUAAUUUGCCAUGUUGAAUUGCUAACCUACUACCACUGUUAUCAUAUUAUGUCCACAGUCAAAUUAACGCAACUAAGGAUUAAAAAAAAACCAUAAGAAAAUUUAGUACAAGUUAGUAGUUAACUAUAUCAUAAGUUAUUUUACAGUAAAUAUUAAUAAUUUAGUUCAUAUCUAUUUUGUUUACAUUCAUGUUAAAAAUUUACAUUAAUGUCAGCAUUUUCAAAUACAUACAUUAAAAAUUUUCUAAUUUAAUUAGAAAUAAUCUUCCUCUAUAUAUGUAAUAAGAAAAAUUAAAGAACUAGUCCCACAAUUCCAAUCACUGGUCUAAAUUUGAUAAUUUUUAUUUGUCUCUAUAGUUGCCUUCCAUCACCAUUCUCCACUUUUGAGAGAAAUUUCAAUAGCUCUCCUUCAUUCUCUAUGGUGAAAAGUCACCUCAGAAUUCUCUAAUCUCGACUAUUCUGUACCAGUUUCAAUAAUUUCUAUUUUGUAUUAAAGUUCAUAAUUCUUAGAUACCCAUCAAUGGUUGCCUGCCCUCCACAAAUCUUUACACAGCUCCCAAUCUCAGCAGGACUAGUUUUGAAAAUUUUAUUUGUCACUUUGUAUGCACAGCUAUCCAUUUGGAAUGCAAUAUGUUUAUUCUGCAAGUAUAGUUUAAAAUUUUAUUUUCAUAUAAUUUAUCAAAGUUAGUUUGCGAAUUUAUGCUAUUAUGAUGGAUGAACAACUGGCUGCUAAUGUAAUUAUUAAAUCACUGAAACAUUAUUGAAUCACAUUAUUAAAUUUAAGUAUGUGGCUGCUUAAGAAAUUAUUUGUACAUCUUUUGUUCCUUAUUAUUAUACAAAAAAUAUUGUAAAAAUAGCUACAUUAUUUUAAAUAUAAUAUUGCACAUAUUUUUUUUGAUCAUUGAAAAUCCAUUACACUGUUAUAAAAUAUUGCAUUUGCAUCAUUUCAUAUGAUCACAUUUGUAGAAUUUAAUGCAAUUUAGAGGGUAUGUUCUGAAUUAUCUUUAUAUGCAAUUUGAAUAUUAUUUAUACCUUAUGCAAUAGUUUUAUUACUAGAAAUUAGAGUUUAAAUCACUUGAAUAAUAAUAAUAAAUUUAUAUUGGAAAUUUGUAAAAUAUAUUUAAGUUUUUAUGGUUGUUUUGUUAAAUAUAUAUUUAGUUCUAAAGCCAUGUAAAAAUAUAGCCCUUCUGUGUCUUAUAUAAUGGCAUGUUAGCCACAGUUAAAAAGAGAUAUUGGAAUACAUCUAAUCUGAAGACUGCCAAAUCAAACACAUGGGUUUAAAAAUUGUUGAUUAAUUCAGUAAAUUCUGUUUUAAUACUUUGUUGCCUAAUGAUGACCUGAAACUUCAGAUGUUUGAUUCAUUAAAGGGCAUUCAAUUACAUUUUGGUAUUUUUGCAUAGAUUUUAUAAUACUAAAAUGUUAUUUCCUUCCGUAACAAUUUUAUUUAAGCAUUUUAUAUAUUAUGAAAUUUUUUAUUUUGUAUAACAGACAACUAGCCAAUAAAUUCUGUUCUUGAGCAUGUAGCUCUUUGAAGGAAAAAAAAAAUAAAUAAAUAAAAUGAUCAAAGUAAUAAAAUCUUUUUUUAAAGAAUUAUUAAAAGUCAUUAGAAAUGUGAUUUGGAAUCUAAUAUUUCAUUUCAGAAGUAUGUGCAUAUUUUUAAUGCUUCAAAAUUUUAAAGGAAUAUAUUGGUCUCUCAAAUUUAUGAAUGUAGAAUAUUAUGGAGCAUUCAACAAAACUUUUGAAAUUAACAGUUAAGGAAUAGAAUUUAAUAACUAAAAAUAAUAAAAUUCUUAUAAAAUGCUCUGGAAAAUAUUAUAAAAAUCUUAAUUUGUCACAUCUGGCAGAAUUUUAUUUCAUAUCCUAUCCUAAAAAUACAUGUAAGCCAAUUUAGUAAAUUUUUUUUUGUGUUAGUUAAUUAAAAAGGAGAAAUAUUUACAGAAUAUAGUAUAUAUAUCAUAAUUUGGGAUAUUGAGUUAAAAGAUUUUAAGACAGCUGGAAUUCAUUAUAAACUUCAGUGUUUAAUAAUUUUUUAUUUUAUUUUUAUUUAUAUCAAUGCUAGAUCUAAUGUAUAAAUAUUAUAAUUUUUAGAAGCAUGACCGACCUAGUCAGGAAUCUUAUUUUUUAUGUUGAUUUUCAAAGACAUAUUUUUUUCUGUUAAAUCUUGUUUUCAGUGUAAUAACAUUUUAUUUCCCAAUAGAAGAUUUAAUUAAUUACAUCUAGCCAAUGUAUUUAAAUUUUUUAUAUGUAAUUUGAUUACUUUGUGAAAAAAAAUUAAAUUAAUAUCAUGUAAAAAAAAGGGUUUGAUGUUAAUAUUAAUCUUUUAAAUAUUUCAACAUUCCUAAAUUUUUCAAUACAAAUGUGAAUGGAACUCAAAUUCAUUAAUCAUUGUCUGUUAAGUAUUGAAUGUAGA